UAAUUGUCAUACGUCAUAUGUUUUGCAUUACUUUAAUGAUUAAUAUAAAUAAGAUCGCGAUAUCCUUUCUGUACAGUUUGUAAUUUUUUUGUGUGAUCGAAAGACUGUGAAAUGUUUCGUGUCUUUGUACUUUCAUUGUUGGUUGCUGCUGCUUCAGCAGCAGACACCAGUCGUAGCCAGAGUGGACAAAAUUUAAUCAAUGCCUUGAAACUGAGCCCAGAACACACUAAAUUGAUGGAUGAAGCAGAACAAGCUUCCAUUGUAAGCUUGGCUUAUGAAGUCAAACUCGGAUUACCUCUGGACAGUAUAUCGUGCAAAGAUCUCGAAGUGGACAAAAGCAGAAUCAGGUUCACUCUGUUCAGCAUGCCGAGCCAAAACAUUUCAUGGAAUGCUGCUCAAAAUGUGAGACUCAUUCCCUACUACGAUCCCGCAUUACCAACCCAGAUCUUAAUCACCAGCUACCGCCAAUCCGAAAAAGCCUUCCAACCAGCUGAAUUAGCUUUCACUUAUGGAAUCCGUGGAAAUAAAAUGAACGUAAUCUCUGUUAACUGGGACGAUUACGCUAAUUGUGACUACGUAGAAACCAUUAGAUUCAUCGUACCUCAAAUGGCCACCAUCAUCAGCGACAUGAUCAAAAACACAUUGGCUGAUAAGAAUGAAAUGGACUACGACAAACUUCGUUUAACUGGUUUCGGUUUCGGAGCUCACAUCGCUGGUUUAGCUGCCAAAAAAUUACCCAAGAAACCCGCCAGAAUCACAGCUUUGGACCCAAUUGUGUAUAUAUGCGAAGACUCGCAAAACCUUGGAUUGGAGAAAGGUGACGCUAAAUUCAUCGACACCAUUAUGACGAGUCGUGGAUCCAAUGGAAUGCUAAAAUUAGUCGGAGAUAUCAACUUUUUACCCGGUGGAGGACGCGUACAAAAAGGUUGCGAAAACAUGACCACUAAAGCUAAAAACGCCUGCAGCCACCGUCUCGCCUUAGAAUACUACGUCGAAUCGGCCAACAAAGCUACUCACGGUUUUGUCGCCAAACCUGCUCCAUCAUGGACUGAUUUCUUAAACCAGAAAACUUUCGUUCAACAUUCCGAAAUCAUGGGUGAAGCCGUAUCGCAAAAGUACACUGGUAACUUCUACCUCGAAGUGAAUGCCCAACGUCCUUACAGCAGAGGAGUCAAUGGCGCUUACCUGUUCACAAAAGCAAACGUUGAACCGUACCAGAAAUUACCCCAGGGUACUGGAUAUUCUCAAGUUGUAUGGCCUGUAUACAAACCCAAAUCCCCCAUUGCUGAAUUACAAUCCCAAGCUGAAUCAUCCCAGCAAUAAAUGUAACGUUUAUGAACUUCGACGAUAAAGUUGUACUAGUAAUUUUAUAUAGACCUUAUAUGGAUAGGUACUAAGCGGAAACGCUGAAUAAAUUUAUGAUUUAAAAUCCA